ACAGGGAUAACAUGUAUGCAGCACUGAAAUUUGCCUUUAUGCCUUUUGCAAGAUCCCUUGCGAAGGUGCACUACAGUUCAGGAGUCAGCAUCAAGCUUCUGCCCAGUUACAAGUGCUCAUUCGAAGACCCGGUGCAUGUGAUGGUGAGCGGCUUAAAUCCACAUCAACGUGUGAAUCUGCGCUCCAAAAUCACGGAUGAAGGUGGACGUGAUUUCAAGGCUUCAGCGAUCUACCUAGCAGAUGACAAUGGCCAAAUUGACCUCAAGCGCGACUCUUCUGCUGGCGGGAGCUUUUCUGGAGUGGAACCGAUGGGUUUAUUCUGGGCUCUGAAAGCAGAUCUAUUAAGCUGCAAGUUCAAGCUGAAAGAUGUGACGCGUCCAGCUCUUGUUGACAUUGAGGUUGUCGGUGAGGAUGAGAAAGUCCUGGCCAAAGUGACCAACGAGAGACACUGCCUGAGCGAGGGUGUCCGGAGAAGUCUUGUCACCGAAGGAAGGAUCAGAGGGACUCUUUUUAUGCCCACUGGUAAUGGACCAUUUCCUGGGAUUUUGGAUACUUACAUACUUAAAGGAGGUCCUUUUGAGUUGAGAGCAGCUCUGCUGGCAAAGAGAGGCUUUGCAGUUUUAGCCUUGGCCUACCAAAACUACCAGGAUUUACCCAAAAAAGCUGACAAAUUUCACCUGGAGUACUUUGAAGAAGGUCUAGAUUUCCUACGCCGACAGCCAGAGGUGAAAGGUCAAAAAAUCGGCCUUCUGUCCAUAUCAAAGAGUGGAGAUCUCGCUUUGUCCAUGUCAACGUUUCUGCCGGACAUAACAGCUGCUGUUUGGAUCAACGGAUGCAAUGCCAACAGCCUGAUCCCGCUCUACUACAAAGACAUGUACAUUCCACCUCUCACGCUUGACUUUAAGAAAAAGAAAAUGACAGCAUUAGGCCUCGUAGACAUGCUAGAGGUUGUGAAUGACCCGAUGUCUAAAGAAGGUCUUCCUACUGUUAUUCCCAUCGAGCGUGCCUCUGCUAGUUUCAUGUUCAUCGCUUCAGAAGCUGACAUGAACUGGCGGAGCGUCUAUCAUGCAAAGUUAGCAUGCGACAGGCUCAAAGCACAUGGGAAAAACAACUAUGAGCUGGUGAAGUAUGAAAAAGCUGGUCACUUUAUCGAGGUGCCCUACAUGCCAUUUUGUCUGGCUGCAUUUCAUGGCGUACUUGAGCAACCGGUUUUGUUUGGCGGGGAACCCAAAGCUCAUUCAGAGGCACAGGUGGAUGCCUGGCAAAGGAUUAUCAUAUUCUUUAAAAGAACCCUCGGCAGCUGAGCUGUAAGGGAAUAUACACUAUAGCCAUGACAUCCAAUUAUAGUGCUGGCCUGAAUUACAUCUCUUUAUAUUUUUAGCACUGAUUAUAUUCAGUGCUAAAAAUAUAAUCACACCAGUAAUGUUUUGCUCUUAAGUUUACUGAUGCCUACAUAUUAAAAUGAUUUCUGCAAAAUUGUUACAAACAAAAUCCAUAUGGGAUGAAUUUAAACAUUCAUUUAUUUUCCUUCAGCCUAGUCUCUUUAUUAAUUAGGGGUCACCACAGCGGAAACAACCGCCAACUUAUCCAGCAAAAGUUUUAUGUAACAGUACUGGGAAACACCCAUACACUCUCACUCAGUUUAGAUUUUAGAUUUUAUAUUUUACAGUUUAAUAAAAUAAAAUAAAAUGAAUAAAAUAAGCUGAUUAUUUUUUUUAUUUUAUGUUUAGGUCAAUUACAGCUUCUGAGUUGUGUUUGUUAAAGUCAUAAGUGUCUUGCAGUGCUGCUUCUGCAAUAAACGGUGAGCAAAUUACCUUUCAACAA